GUACACACCUUCCAAAGGGGUUGCAGUAGCUAACCAUUUAAAGAGGUACAAUCAGUAUCGAUAUCGGUGACACAUAUUUAUAACGUUCGGUGAUUAUUAUUAAUGUGUCAAUUUCUAUGCAGUUAUGGAAAAUUUGAAGAUUUGCGUGAAAACGCGGCGUGCAAACACAACGAUUCAGCAUUUGACGUGCUUCAAUUAUAGACCGAGAGAAACAGGCAGUCGAUGUUCGCGAAGGUCUCUAUUUCUAAUGUUCCACGGAAUAUACGAUUGAAUUUACGCGUUUCACUUAUGUUGCUGGUUUUUCGGCCAGGUAUAACUGAUAGAUCGAUGACGAUAGAUAAAAAGAACCGUUUACGCUGAUAAAAGUUGAUCUGUUGGACCUGCUGGAAGGCGUAUCGAGAAAUAUUGAUCGCCGCUCUCAAGGGAUAUCUCGAUUACGAUGAACUUCUUUUUGCAACGUCCUGAGCGAAAAUAGAACACAACGUUCGAUAUAACGCUUAACGUUUCUUUUCUUUAUUUCUUUUAUUUUUAAGAUUUGCGCCGAUGAUAUCAUGAGGCUGAGAGAUAAAGAGGAAGCAACAGCCUUCGAACGAUCUCUGUUUUUCGUGAGAGUGGAUCGUGGAUAAACAAAAGCGGCAAGAUGUUGAUAAAAGAAUAUCGAAUACCGCUGCCUCUCACCGUCGAGGAGUAUAGAAUUGCUCAGCUUUACAUGAUAGCGAAAAAAUCUAGAGAAGAAAGUCAAGGAGCAGGCAGCGGUGUAGAGAUUAUAGAGAACGAGCCUUAUAGCGAUGGUCCAGGUGGAAACGGACAAUAUACCCAUAAGAUUUAUCACGUGGGUAGUCAUCUUCCAGAAUGGUUCAAAAGUUUGCUGCCCAGAUCCGCGUUGAUCGCCAAAGAAGAAGCAUGGAAUGCUUACCCCUAUACGAAGACCCGUUACACUUGCCCCUUCGUUGAAAAGUUUUCUAUCGAAAUAGAAACAUACUAUUUUCCCGACAAUGGUUACCAAGAAAAUGUCUUCAAGCUAAGUGGUAGCGAUUUGAGAAAUAGAAUCGUAGACGUGAUUGAUAUCGUAAAAGAUCAAUACACGGGUGAUUACGUGAAAGACGAGGAUCCUAAAUUAUACGUGUCCCAAAAGACCGGUCGAGGACCUCUCACGGAAUCAUGGCUAGAGGAAUACUGGGCUGACGUAAAAGGGAAACAACAACCGACUCCAUCCGGAAAGUCUUUAAUGUGCGCGUACAAAUUAUGCCGUGUGGAGUUCCGAUAUUGGGGUGUGCAAACAAAAUUAGAAAAGUUCAUACACGAUGUAGCCUUGAGAAAAACGAUGGUUAGAGCUCACAGACAAGCCUGGGCCUGGCAAGACGAAUGGAAUGGUUUGACCAUGGAAGAUAUUCGGAAAAUUGAACGACAAACGCAAUUGGCGUUGCAGAAGAGAAUGGCUAAUGCAGAAGGCGAUGGGGAAGCAACAAACGACAAUCAAGACAGGGCUGUUUCAAACACGACAAUGACUCCUCAAGAGUCGAACGUUGCUACGACAUUGGCUGCCACGCUUGGGAGCAUCGAGAAAAACGAAGAUCCUCAAAGUCCCCCAAGUGCCAGAAAAUCGACCGAUAUACCUAACACAGCUGGUAGUUCAGAGGGUGACGUUAGCCCCGAAGAUUCACCGACCGAAGUACCCGACCUUAGAAAUGCUCCUACUGAAGAGAAAGCAGAUGCUAAAAAGGGAUGGAAGAAAAACAAGAUGAGUUCGCCGUGUUCGAACAAAAGUUUCGAUAUGCAGAUAGCGAAUUGGCGCAUGGAAAGUAUCGUAAGAGAAUCCGAAUCUGGUAGCGAAGAUGAGUUUUUUGACUGUCAAGCUGGGUUCAUUAUACCUAUUAUACGCGAAGAGGGCUUUGGAGAUAGCACUUCAUUAUCUAAAUGGAGUUCUUUGGAUCUUCUAGCAGAAGAGGAGGACAAUACGUUCACUUCGCCUACCAUGGUAAACAAAGAAGACGACACGAUAUUUUCACCUUCCUACUUGCAACGUAUGGCUAGUGAACGUAGCAGUAAAAGGUUACAAAUCUCUACGUCAGCCAGCAUCGAUGCCUCGUAUCCGGCUUCACCUCAACAUUCGCCGACUCAUCAACCAUGCAAAACUACUGUCCUUCUUAUUGUGAUGCAUGCUGGCAGUGUACUAGAUGCUAACGUUGACUUGACGGCGAAAAAAUCGGACAUUACAACUUUCAAAGGAGCCUUUGAGUCAGUCAUGAGACAACACUAUCCCAGUAUGGUUGGACAUGUGGCCAUUAAGUUUGUUUCUUGCCCACCUAUUUGUACCGAAGGUCUUGGUAUUUUAUCGAGCCUAAGUCCUUAUAGUUUUGAUGUGUCACCCUCGUCUAUGGAUGCUCCUCAAGUGACACACGAUACUAUUCCUAUCGGCGCUAUACCUUUGCUCGCUAGUUCAACUCCUGAAUAUCAGGACACCGUAUCACGAGUUAUAGCUGGAGCAAACCAAGUUUAUCACGACUUUAUCAGAAGCGACGAGGGUCGUGGUUUCACGGGGCAAAUUUGCCUUAUUGGGGAUUCAGUAGGAGCGAUUUUAACAUAUGACGCUUUGUGUAGAUCAGCUCACUCUAGACAUAAUAGCGAGAACAAUAUUUUGGAUAAUCAGGGCAUUGAAAAUAGCACGAAUGCCGAAGAUGGCAAACACCUGACUGCACCUUCUCCUAGAAGGAAAUCUUCUAGUAUAAGUGAUACCCCCUCACAUUGUAAAUUGGAUUUCGAAGUAGGAGAGUUUUUCAUGUUUGGUAGUCCACUUGCUCUGGUAUUGGCGUAUAGAAAAAUUUCCUCGGAUAAAACUAGUAAUAUAAGAAGACCGUUGGUGAAUCAGGUGUAUAAUUUAUUCCAUCCUACUGAACCUGUAGCCGCUAGAUUAGAACCACUGAUUUCUGCAAGGUUUUCUCUUCUUCCACCCGUGAACGUGGCUCGAUAUCAAAAGUAUCCAUUAGGAAACGGACAGCCUUAUCAUUUGUUGGAAGCUAUCCAGACGAAUCCACAAUUGUUUACGGAUGGAUUGAAUAUCCCAAAUAUGUCAAUGUCCCAUUUAAGACGGUUGUCCGAUAUAUCGAUUCAUAGUACAAUGUCUGGUGUGGUUGAAAAUGUUCCUCUAAAAGUAGUAUCUAAUUUAACGCAAAAAUGGUGGGGUACAAAGAGAUUAGAUUAUGCUCUCUACUGCCCAGAGGGUUUAGCAAACUUUCCCACGAACUCUUUACCUCAAAUUUUUCACGCUAGCUAUUGGGAGUCACUUGAUGUUAUCGCAUUUAUCCUGCGACAGUUAGGCAGAUUUGAUUUGUCAUUACUCACAAACGAGGAGAAAGAAUUAUCUUGUUUCCGUCCAGGUCAACCUAGAGAAAAGUGGAAUAAGAAACGUACUUCUGUUAAACUUAAGAAUGUCGCUGCCAAUCAUAGAGCAAAUGACGUAAUUGUUAAAGAAGGAGCACCACAAAUCCUGAUUGCUAGAUUUAUGUACGGUCCAAUUGAUGUUAUUGCUUUGACAGGCGAGAAAGUGGACAUUCACAUUAUGAAAGAUGCUCCAGCAGGAGAAUGGACGCAUUUAUCAACUGAAGUAACUGAUAAAAAUGGUAGAAUAACAUAUAAAAUACCCGAUGAUAAAGCAUUGGAACAUGGACUUUACCCAGUUAAAAUGAUUGUUAGGGGUGAUCAUACAUCCGUAGACUUUUUCUUGGCUGUGAUUCCACCAAAAACAGAGUGCGUGGUAUUUAGUAUAGAUGGUUCGUUUACUGCGAGUAUGUCCGUUAGCGGGAAAGAUCCGAAAGUUAGAGCUGGAGCUGUUGAUGUCGUCAGGCAUUGGCAAGAACUGGGAUAUUUAAUCAUAUAUAUUACUGCAAGACCUGAUAUGCAACAGCAGAAAGUCGUUUCCUGGUUGUCUCAACACAACUUCCCUCAUGGUCUUGUGUCCUUUGCAGAUGGUCUUUCGACAGAUCCACUUGGUCAUAAAGCUGCGUACUUACAUAAACUCAUACAGGAACACGGUGUAAUAAUUCAUUACGCAUACGGCAGUAGUAAGGAUAUCAGUGUUUACACCGCGAUUAACCUUAAACAAAAUCAAAUAUUCAUCAUUGGGAAAGUAUCAAAGAAGUACCACUCCUUGGCAACGAUACUUCAUGAUGGUUAUGCUGCUCAUUUGAGUAUGCUACAGGCGCACGGAGGCUCGAGACCUGCUCAGGGUAAUGCACGUAUGGUGAUCCCAAGAGGUCAGUUCGGUUUACCCGGACAAAAUGCUUCUCUACGACGAAGAAGGUUGGCAAAGCGUGCAGUGUCGCAACCAACUCCAGGUAAAGGGAUAUAUCCAUUGGAACGAUCAACGAGCGUUGGGCCUUCAAUUUCAUCGCAGACUGCGUCAACCAGAUCUACGGCACCAGAGAAACUCUGACGAUUCGCACGCUGCCGGUCGUUCUUCGAAACCCGGCAUUAGGUCUACAUGUGUAUAUCUACAUUUAACUGUCAAACUGUACGAGGAUAGUUCGGAGAGGAAGUCCUCGUAUAUUUCGACCGACACGUGCUCAACAAUCUAAAGAAGAUAAUUCUACUUUGUUACUCCGCCUUUUUAUAUCCUCUCUGUAUACCUAUUGUAAAUUUUGAAAACGCUACUCGAUACGAUGAAUCUAUGUUGUAUAAAGCGCGAUACAAACUGUAUAGACUUCUCCAUGUCCUGUACGAAGGAGGAACUUUCUAAUCGAGAAAAAAUAUGGUUUGAAGGUACGAGGACUUUGUCUUUUUGUCCCUUUUAAUCGUUAUUGUAUCAUCUACCAUUUUCAAACGCGAUGCGAUUGAUCUUUUUACCGGUUUACUAUUAGAAUUUUUUUCUAGCAAUCUUUCCAUGCGAAACUGGCACCGGCAUCUUCUGCAAAAUGCGAUCGAGCACGAUCAAAAUUUUUGAUAACGUAGUUCGAAGAGACACGAAUCGAGUCUAGUUCCUAAAAGAAUGUAGAUCCUCACUUCGGAGGAGAGCGGUUUCCUAGAGAAAAAAAGCGCUGUCUUCUUUCAACGUUUCUUUCCACCGUUUUAUUUUAAGCUGUUUCGCGAAUUUUAUUCGUUGGUCUUCGAUCGAGUCUCAGAAAUGUAUCCGCGAAUUAUAUGUAUAUACAAUCAUGUUUUACCUAGUUGAAUCUAAUAUCAUUGCUCUAAUCGUAACUCGUAAGGUAUAAAAUGAAAAAAAAGCAGAAGACAGAUCAAGAUUGGUUGAAAUUGUUACUUGAAUCUUCUUCGUUGUUAUCGGAAGAAAACUGACAUUGAUCGUAUCUCUAACCGUUAGGAGUAAAUUAGCUUGUAAGGUUACCCUGUUAUUAUAGAAACUCUAAUCAUUGCCAAGAGUUGCCAGAUAUAGUAAUACACGCGUAAUGUUGCGCCCAAGUUCCUUCGGUGCUAUGUUAUUUUCAACUAUUCAUAUCGAUUUGUAAGAACGGAAGGGAAGAAAAUGCAUUUAAUAUAUUUUGCAAUCGGUUGCAAAAUAUAUUAAAAAAGCAAACAUGAAAAACAUGAAAAAAUAAAAAAAAACACAAACACGUUUUGUAUGUUGUCUAUCGAAAAGUAUCGAGAGUACGAAUAGAGUAUGUCCUCCGAUAAACGUUGGUACAAAGACACUUCCCUCUUAACUGCUAUAGUUCCAUAUCGUUGUAGACAGCGAUAUAUGUAAAUACGUCAAAGUGUAUAUAAAUAAGCAUCGCUGUAAAAUGUUCAUGGAUAAAAAUGUUUAGGCUGUACGCAAAUAUUGAUUUAUCAAAUAGUGCUACGUGCUUCGUCAACGAAAGUAUCGUCCCCAGAUAAUAAUAAAAGUAUAAUAGUUUCUUCGACGAGAAUCACAUAGCUCGAUGACGAAGAUCGUAGACGUCAGUUACCGAAUAUGUUCUCACAAAGAUUGUGCGCUUAAAUAUUUGUAAUUAGAUGAUUAAUUAUCGUGUCCGGUUUCAGUCGAAAAAUAUUUAAUUUUGUAAUCGAUAACUAGUCCAAGUAUUACGUCGCUUGAUCUACUGUUACAAUUAAUUAAUACGAUAGCUAAUCUGCGUUGGAGGAAAAAUCAGUGGAUCGAUACAAGCAAUGAUACUUAAAAUGAAAGUGAUACAAGUCGAUUCGUUGAAUCUCAUAUUAGAUAAUGAAUCCUACUUUUUUAAAAUUUUCUUUAAACGAAUGGUUUGAUAUCUGACAAGAUUAGAUCAAUAGAGGAAUAAUUAAUGAGACUCUUUGUUGUGCCAUCAUUGUUCCUUGAUUGUCUCAGUAAUAUUAGUAUGUAAUUGGUCGAAGAUCUGCCAUUGAUCUAUUCCUGACAUUAAUAAGAAAUUCACGUAUAUUAUUCAGUGCUCUAUUCAUCGCAACUGGAGAAAAUCAAUUAAUAUUUCAACCGAAGUAUCGACUGUUUAUAUUAUUGUAAAGAGAUAUGAAUAUAGUUCUGUAUAUGGAUAUACCGUAUAGGUGUACAAGUGUACAUCUGUAACAGAGUGAUCGUGUAUAUGUAUAUAUACGUAUGUACAUAUAACUGUGUAUAUGUAUAUAUAGGGUGUUUCAGAAAUAUAUAACUUUCUGGAUUGUCGACGAAUUGUUAGAAGUUGUAACAGAAAGGUGUUAUGAAGAUAGAUUUAUUCUAGGUUCGUAGAUCUCGAUCGUUUUUUGCAUUAUUAGUUCAAUACGGACAAAAUUUUAGAGAUUGUUUUACGAAUGUUGAGAAUGUUAUUUAUUUUCAGAAACAGAAUAUAAGUCGUGUCAGACUAACUUGUAAAGUUACUCGCGAAAUACCCUUUAUAUGUAUGUAUACGAUGCAUAAAUGUUUAAGAUAUACAUAAAUAUAUAUAUAUAUAUAUAUAUAUAUAUAUAUAUAUAUAUAUAUUCUUAGGCAUAAGGAUUGCGAAAUGAUAUUUUACUUAUAUGGGUGAAUUAUUGUCACUGGUAACAAGAAUUAUAUUUUUUUUAGCAUAACUUAAAUGACACAUUGUAAUAACUAAUCGAGAGUCAUUGUUUUAUAUUAUGCGACCUUACUCUAAUUGGAAUAAUUAUUUCAUAUACUGUUGGCUCAUGAUUUUUUAAAUUAAUAUCAAUGGAAAAUGACUUCAAUUUCGGAUAGAAAGCCUGGCUGGUAAAAUUGUAUUCCACUUUCGUCAUUGGAUAUUACAAUAAAUUAUCAAUCAUUGUCGUUUAAAAA